AUCUCCAGUUGUAAAAUGAAGAAAUCAAUCAUCAAGUUUUUUCCCAGAAAGGGACAGGCUCAACCCUUGCUGAUGUGUAUAUAUACAACAGGGUCUGCACUGUAUAGGCAUCUCACCUCAGAAGAACAGCUCCACUGCUACCAUACCACAGAGGACGACCUCCAAAAUCGUCGAAAAGAAAAAACUAUGGCAAGCUCAAACCAGAUUGUUAAAGUUACCAAAGGCCUCACUAGAGCAGCAGACCACCGGGAGUACACAAAACUGCUGAUGAAGCCUUACGCUAACUGGGAGGAAUACCUGACCCCAGCGCCAUUGUCCAUAGCCAUCCUGGCAGAGCUGAUCUUCAUCUCCUCCAAUACUGAUUUUUCCAUUCGUCAAGGUGGCCCAGAAGGUGGAUUCCAGUAUAUAAAAUACCCAGACUCAUUCCGUGCCUGCCUCAUGCAAGUGAGUAAUUCUGGGUGGCGUGCGUUCAAUAAUGCACACAAGAAUAUGGACCAAAUUCGUCUCUACACCAACAGUGUACAAAAUUACAUCAAGACGGCAGUGGAGAUACUCCUCAAUGAUGAUGACAGCUUUGUUCAGGCCAUGCUCCCAGACCAGCUGGAUAGCAUUAAGAGAAUAGCUAGUAAGUGCCUGGAUCUGGCUCAGUUGACAGAGAAAAGCUUCAUUGAUGUCAUGGAACUCAUCUGUGAGCUCCUCGAAACUUGCAUCAGUGCAAAACAGGCAUAUGGGAAAGCGUUGGAAGAAGUCCGAAAGACAAUCGAAGAAAAUAAGAUAAGGAAGAAGGCUGCAAAGGAGGCCACCAAACGUGCUGAACAGGCUUACAAGAACAUGAACCAGCAGCUGAAGGAGGCCCAGGAAAGCUUCAAAUCAGCAAUGGACUCAAUUCCAAGUGGCUGGGACAUGAUGGGAAUGAAUUUUGUGGAAGGGCUCACUGGCAGUGUUACAACUACACUUUCAGGCCUUUCUUUCAUGGUCACUGCACCGGUAAACCUCCCUGCAAUGAUAGUCAGAGCUGUAGCUGGACAAAUGGUUAAACCUGAUGCAAAUAAUGACCAAAUCUCAGCAAACAAUAUUUAUUCCAAAUCACCUCAGAUACUGCUUUUAGUCGAAGACCUCAUGAAUUUUUUUGAUGGAGACCAAAUCAAGUGGUCUGAAAUAGUUGACCAGAAAACUAAACCCUCUAAAAUCAAUUGGAUUAAGGAACAAUUUGUGAAAAUUCAAGAAUCAAUAAAAACGGGAAAAAAAUGCAAGCCAAAAAAGUCAGCUUUGAGAAUAUGCACCGAAGCCAUCACUAUCUGCUCUGAACUGGGAAAGUGUGCAUCUAAAGCAGAGGUAAAUGCUGCCGAAACAAAAGAAAUUGUGCAGCUCAUAAAAAGUCUAAGAACAGAAGCUGUGAGAUUUGAUACCACUAGCAAAAUUGCAACUAAUACUUCAGCAUUCUCUGUAAAACCACCACAAAUAACCAAAACUCAGGAAAAAAGUUCAGGACACAGGUCUGCAGCCCAGUUGGUUGCAGAUAAUGCUCGCCUUCGAAUAGAACAGAGCGGAGUCCAGCUUGAGAAAGCGAGGGAAUUAUAUGAGAAGUGUGUUGACAACAUGGAAGAAAAUAAGAAAAAGUUGACUGAAAUUCUUGUCACCAUGAGAAACUGCUCAGUCAAAGAGAUAGACUUUAACAAAACCAUACUAAUUCUGGCUCAAGGUCUACAAGCAAUGGCAAAUGUGAAGGAACAGUGGGAGAAGCUGGUGCGCUUCUUCCAGAUGGUUUCCAACCUCAUGGAAUCCAGCCUGACCGAGUCCCUGACAGAUUUUUCUAAUCCUUGUGAGACAGCAUUAAAAGUAAGAUUUACGUACACUUCAAGAAUGUUUUUGAAAGACACGAUCUACAACAAGGCGUUCUAUGCAUCCAACAUUGCCAGCCUGGUUAAUAUGAUCGCAGGGACCUACGUGGAGGUUUCUGACAAGUAUCUGAUGGACGCAGUCAGCAAGCUGAGCACGCUCAUGACUUUGGAUGCCAAAGAUAUAGAGCCCAUCAGAAAAAGUAUGGCAGGGUCCUUUAAGGAAGCUGAGGAAGGAAUAAGACAUCUUAUCCAGGAAAAUAAGGAAAACUUUGAAAGGAAGACCAUGCAAAGACUGGAGAAAAUUGAGAGUGAGCUGAAGGCUGUGCUACCUCCGGAGUCUGAAGAGAAGAAAAGAGAACGUAAGGAAGUCGUUGAAAAAGCAUCCAAGAAUGAUCAGGAUGUCGACCAAUAUUUUUGAAUGUGCCAUGGAAACUGGAACAUCUUUGGAGAGCAGACAGAGCUCCUUCCAUUCCCCAGAUGUCCCAUUAAAAGAAGAAAUCCACACUGUCUGCAAUAAUUCUGCUCUUUGCUUGGACCCUCCAUCUCAUCAAAAUGAUCUGUUAUCCAAAUCAAACAUAGAGUCUGGAGAGGCAUUUUUGAUUGCUACAAAACUCAAUGUGCACACAUACACACAAAUACACACAGAAACACAUAAACACACACAGGCAUGCAAUCACACACAUACACACACCACAUGUACAACUAUACAGAGUGAUGAGUAGGAAGUAAGUACAUGCAUUAUAGCUACUCAUUCAAAGAGAAUAAUAAUAAGAAUCCACAGUCUUUUUUGCAUUAUAGUUACUCAUUCAAAGAGAAUAAUAAUAAGAAUCCACAUCUUUUUUGAAACAUACAAACUAAUGUAUUUGCUAACAUAUUUACUCUGAAAUAUGCCUGGCUAAUGAAACUGGAAGAAUGCAAAAUCUGAUUAAAUUACACCUUUUAAGGAAUCCAACAGAUUGUUAGUAAUUCCAUUUUUGUCAUGCAAUUUUUUUAUCAGUACCAGAUUCAAUUUUACAAGUAAUCCACCCAACACUGUUCAUAACUAUACAAUUCACCAAAAAACACCAAUAAUCAAACCAGUGGUAAGAGUCUAUAUAGUUCUGACAAUUAUCAAAUAUUUUGUCUGAUUCAUUUUCAUUAAAUACUUCUAGAUAAAUUUAACACUUAUUACUAAUUCAUCUAUUACUAAUCCUGUCUUUAGCCCAUGGGGCUUGAGACAACCACAUUGAUAGAGGCACUUAAAUAAUUUUAACAGUACCCAUGUCAAUCUCCAGUGGUGUCUUGGUGUUUACCAUGUGAAAUGCCCCUUUGUGUCUGCUAAAUUAUAAUUGUGAGAUUAAGAUUUGGGUUAGUGAAUAUCAUCAUGGAUCAGCACUUAAAGGCUACCUUCACUGGAAUGUGAUAAGACAUAAUAUAUUGCAUGCUAUUUUCAGUGUCAUACCAAUGCAAUCUUUUGACCGGUCAGUAACAUAAACUGUAAACACUAUAUUGUAAACUCAUCUGUGCUUGCAUGGCGAAUUAUUUCACGAUAUUUUACCAUUAACCUGAAUUAAUCAGUGGAGAAAUAUAACGAAUGCAGAUUCUUCCAUUCUUCCAUACAGAUGUACUGCAUGAUGCAAUUAAGCACUAACCUCCUAUCAUGCUCUGGGGCAUGUAUGAAAAUGCUGAGCCGGCCUGGUUGACCUCAACUUCUGAUCAAAAUGGCAAGAGGAAAAGAUCUAAGUGAGUUGAGCAGUCUUUGUGACUGAAGCUCCUGCCAUCUGUGCCCCAACUGGCUAGUGUUACAGUGGAACAGAGAUCUGGAAAAAAGUGAUACGGUCAGAUGAGUCAUCUUUCACCAUAUUCUCGACAGGUGGGCGAGUGCAUGUGCGGCGUACACCAAGAGAAUGGUACAGGCCUGAAUGCUUGACCCCUACAGUGAGAGGGUCUGGUGGCUCUGUUUUGCUGUGGGGGGAAUUUUCCUAGCAUGGUUUGGGUCCACUGGCAAUGGCCCCAUCCACAGGGCACGUGGGGGUCACUGAAUGGUUUGAUGAGAAUUAAAAUGAUGUGAAACAUAAAACACAUUAUGUUGGUUUUUCCUUUAAUUUGUCACCCGACUGUAUAUAUGCUCCUAAAUUGAAUUGUUAGGCACUUCUAUAAUAAACACAUUUUGCUUUCAAAUUAAA